GAGUACCACCUGCCCACUACCUAUAUACAAUGACUCGAUUUUCUCCUCCCUCCCUCCCUCACCCCCUUUGUCUUUUGCCUGUCUCCGAGGAAACCAGAAAAACAAUGGCUUUCUGCAGGAGGAAGGACGGAUGAGUAUAUGAGAAGAAGUGGGCAUACAGUAUGCGAACGCUUUGUGAUGUGUGCGAGAGCGCCGCUGCCAUCCUUUUCUGUGCCGCCGACGAGGCCGCCCUUUGCCGUUCCUGUGACGAGAAGGUCCAUCUGUGUAAUAAACUUGCCAAUAGACAUGUACGUGUUGGGCUAGCCACACCCAGUGAUGUUCCUUGUUGUGAUAUUUGCGAAAAUGCACCUGCGUUCUUUUACUGUGAGGUAGAUGGUAGUUCUCUUUGCCUGCAGUGCGAUAUGAUUGUACAUGUCGGUGGGAAAAGAACCCAUGGGAGGUAUCUCCUCUUCAGGCAGAGAGUUGAGUUUCCAGGGAAUAAGCUUGGCCGAGGACUUCAACCACUUGACCAAAAGAAGGUACGAAGGGACGAAAAUCAGCUGCCCGAUGUAAAACCAAUAGAGGGUGAACAUAAUCACAAUAUCUCUCCAAUUGCAGUCCUAGACAACAAUAUUGACGGUGACUACAAGAUAGACAAUACAUUGAUUGAUCUUAAUACCAGGCCCCAAAGAAUACGCGGGCAAGCUUCAAAUAACCAGGGUGUGGGUGUUCAUAAUGGCGUGAAUGACGAAUCUGUAAGUGUCGUUCCAGUUUGAUCCUUCAAAAAAUAGCCUGAAAAGGGAGAAAGAUGUUCUAGACAAACUACCGUUGCAGAAUCUUGGUUGACGACUUAUGCACUUGUAUUCUUAUUUGUACCUUUCUUCCGCUUUCUUUGGAUCAGCAUCAGUCUGUCACGUUCCUCGUGCAAAGUAGAUUAGAUGAAACUCUUUAACUGUGUAUUAUCACAAGCAAUGUGUUUAGCUAGAAAGAGAGAAAAGUGAGAGUCAUUUGUACAGUUUGUUCAAAGUUAAGUUAUCGAAAUACAAUGCCGCUGUCGACAUUCGUCUUACUUGCACUUCGAUGACAUUUUUAUCAAAUCUUAGAAAGGAAAUGUGAACUGGUUUCAAUUGAAUUUUAA